AAAUAUCGAACAGCUGACACGCGCUGCCGCCGGCCUGUUCCCCCCACCCCCUCACACACACCUAGAACGUAUAUCUGCUUUUCCCCCGUGUACUUAUCAAUUAGCGCCUCCAUGUCCCCUCCCCCGGCACAGAUGCUCGACCCGUGAGCAUAAGUAUUUGCUCUCGCGACACAGAAAACCUCCCACAGGCUUCAGUCGGUCGAUUCGCUCGGAGGCGUUCGCACAUUACGCACAAUUUGCCGGAGGAACACAGGCAAGGUCAAGCAAGGUCUUUCGACGCUCAAAUUCUACGUGCGUGUGUGUGUGUGCGGGUGGAAAGCUGGAAAAAUGGGACAAGCUCGUUUCCUGAUCAACGGAGUGAGAGUGGGUUUGGCCAAGGUAGGCACGUCGGAAACUCUCACUAAUCCCUUGGUCACCAGCCAGGUGGCGACCCAGAAACGGCAUCAGCACGGCACAGCAACAAAGAGCUGCGCCUAUGAUCUCGUCGUGGUUGGCGGUGGAAUCGUUGGCGCUGCCUCUGCCCGGGAGAUCCUCCUGCGUCAUCCCAGCCUUAAAAUCGCCGUCCUGGAAAAGGAGACCAAGCUGGCCAAGCACCAAAGUGGCCACAACUCCGGCGUGAUCCAUGCUGGCAUUUACUACAAGCCUGGAACCCUAAAGGCCCGUCUCUGUGUGGAGGGCAUGCACUUGGCUUACGCCUAUCUGGACGAGAAGAAGAUACCGUACAAGAAGACGGGCAAGCUGAUCGUGGCCACCGACGAGAAGGAGGUUAAGCUGCUGGAUGACCUGCACAAGCGAGGCAUUGCCAACAAGGUGCCGGACCUGCGGAUGAUUGAGGGCAGUGAGAUCCAGGAGAUCGAACCCUAUUGCCAGGGGCUGAGGGCUCUGCAUAGUCCGCACACCGGAAUCGUGGACUGGGGCCUGGUUACCCAGUAUUACGGUGAGGACUUCAAGCGAGGCGGUGGUCACAUCUACCUGGACUACAAUGUGAGCAAGUUCAGUGAGACUCAGGAGGACAGCGAGUAUCCGGUGACAAUACAUGGCGCCAAGCCGGGUCAAACAGUUCGCACCAAGAAUGUCCUGACCUGUGGUGGCCUGCAAUCGGAUUUGCUGGCCGAGAAGACUGGAUGCCCUCGGGAUCCUCGGAUUGUGCCCUUCCGCGGGGAGUACCUGCUGCUGUCCAAGGAGAAGCAGCACAUGGUCAAGGGUAAUAUUUACCCAGUGCCUGAUCCCCGCUUUCCCUUCCUCGGGGUUCACUUUACGCCACGCAUGGAUGGCUCCAUCUGGCUGGGACCGAAUGCAGUGCUGGCCCUGAAGCGAGAGGGUUACACCUGGGCCGACAUCAACCUGUUCGAGCUCUUCGACGCCCUACGCUAUCCCGGAUUCGCCAAGAUGGCCAGCAAGUACAUUGGCUUUGGGCUCAGUGAGAUGUCCAAGUCCUGGUUCAUCAAUCUCCAGGUCAAGGCUCUGCAAAAGUACAUCCCGGACAUCACGGAGUACGACAUUCAGCGCGGUCCGGCUGGCGUGCGUGCCCAGGCCAUGGAUUUGCAGGGUAAUCUCGUGGAUGACUUUGUCUUUGAUCGCGGCGAGGGAACUGGUGCACUGGCCAAGCGGGUGCUGCACUGCAGGAAUGCUCCCUCGCCGGGGGCCACCAGCAGCUUGGCCAUUGCCAAGAUGAUUGCCGAUAAGAUCGAGACAGAGUUCUGCAUCGGCAAGUGAUAACUAAACUCCCAAAACAAAAAACCAAUAUAUAGUUCAAGCUCAAAUAUUCAAAUUCUAAUUUUUUACCGCAACUGACGACAAAAACCUUGGCAUUUCACAUUGUAAAUGAAAUAAAGUGCAUCUAUUUUAUGUAAAAA